CCUAUUUUAGCGGACCCAAAUCAUUUCUUGUUAUAUGCAAUGAUAUUUUUGUCCUAUUAUGGAUAUCACGAGGAAAUCUAUAAUUCUUAUAUGAUUCUUAUUAUUUAAAAGUUAUACGAAUGUUAAAUGAGUUAAAAAGUUGUAUACAAAUGUCAAUAAAAAAUAUAUAAUGGCAAGAGAAAAAUAUGAACCUCCAAAUCCACGACGGAAUUAUACUAUACUUCCUAACACCAGCGCAAAUACAAAUUUAUUGCAGUCACAAAGCAGUUAUUCAAAUGCCUAUAAUAAGAAGGAUUAUUCGCUGGAAAACGAUUACAAUAGUUCCAACAUUAUAAAUAACAACCCUAAUAAUUUGGCGCCAAAUUACGGAUGGUCCGAGUUGGAGAUAACGGGGGCGGUAAAAAACAUAAGUCCCAACUUGUUUUCCUUAACCCAUUUAACCGUACUCUACUUAAACGAUAACAACUUAGCUAACGUGCCGCCUCAAAUAAAUGAACUAAGGCAUUUAACCUACCUAGAUUUAUCCUCCAACAAACUUAGGUGUUUACCACCUGAAAUGGGAGAUUUGAUAACUCUACGAGAACUGCACUUGAAUCACAAUUAUGUGAGAACGCUUCCCCUAGAGUUAGGGCGACUCUUUCAAUUGCUAGUGCUUGGACUCAAAGGUAAUCCUCUAGCUCCAGAAAUUUUAAGGAUAUACAGCGAAACCAAUGGAACCCAAAAGCUUUUAACCCAUCUCCUCGACAAUUUAAUGACUCUAGCUUGUUGCCCGACCUCGAACUCUUCGUCAUCUACUCUUAUCAGGGAAGACUCACCCAACAACAAAAUUAAAACUGGCAAAAAUAACGCUAAUAAAUCAAUCUUCCGUGACAAAAAAAUGGAUAAUGAGCUACGUCAAUCGGACAUCAUGGAUUUCGAUUUUCGGCGUGCCACUUCAGGUCUUCCUUCUCAAGCCUCCGGAAUCAUUCCUUCCUUACUCGAAGAUCCUAUUCCGCUCAGACGAUUUAUUCAACUUGUCGAACCGAAUUAUAGAAAGCAGAUGACUAAUUCUAAUCGUGAUAAAGACCGAGCCAGUGGUAAAAGAAAUAAAGGAAGAUACGAGGAGGGUGGCUUUACUUUCGCUAAACCAGACUUUUUUGUGGUAGCAAACGAUUCAUCUUCUGAAGGUGAUAACUAUUACGAAGAAAAGGAGAGUGAAAAUCGUCCGCCAAAAACUGGAUCCAAGACUAUCCUCAAGGAAAAUACAACUUCGAGACCUCGUGAUAUAAAAAAAUUGAAUGUCGGUGAAAAUAAGCUUGCUAAAUCUUCUGCUGAUUCCCAGACGACAUCAUAUGAAUCUGCAGCGCAAGAAGGCUCGUCCUGUAUAUCAUUCAGUGAAGAUAGUUAUUGUUCGUCCUCUAUAUCGGAUAUCAACGAUUCUGACGAUAAGAAUAAAAUAAUCACAUGUGCUGAAGUAGAUGUUCUAAAGCUGCCAGUAAAAUCAAAAAUCCCUGGCUCACCCAAUCAGCGUAAAGAUAACAUUCUUAUGAAAGUAGAUGAAUCUAAAAAAUCUAUUAAAAAAACAACAGCUGAUGAUUCCAUUACAUCGGCAGAAGAAAAAACACUCACAUUUACUAAAACAAAUGAUAAAAAUGAUGUAAAUAGAGAUCAAAAAAUUUCGAAAUUUGAAGAAAAUAUGAAUGAUAAAUCUUCCGUCGAUAACGAAACUUCAAUAUCUACUAAAAUCGACGACGACAACAAAAUCACCAAAUCAGAUGAAAAGUGCCUUGUUAAAACUAAUGAAAAAUCGCCAAAAUUUUUAAAAACAGAUUAUAAUAUAACCGCCGAUGACAAAAUCCAAAAAUUGGAAAUCGAAAUGACAGAAAAUUUCAACGUACAUGAUAAAAUAGAAAACGUAAAAAUCUCUAAAUCCUUGGAAGCAAUUUGUAUAAACGAUUUGCCCACUAAAUCUUUUAAAAUACACAAAGAACCUAAUAACACGUUCACCCUUAUGUGCUAUAACAUUUUAUGCGACAAGUAUGCCACCCGUCAAUUAUACGCUUACUGCCCGACAUGGGCCUUGGCCUGGGCCUACCGAAAACACAGGAUUCUAUCCCAGCUUGCCGAAUCAAAAGCGGAUAUCCUUUGCCUGCAAGAGGUAGAAACAGAGCAGUUCUCAGAUUUUCUUCUUCCGGAAUUGGAAUUUCUCGGUUACGAUGGAAUUUUUGCCCCAAAAUCUCGCGCCAAAACUAUGCGGCAUGAAGAGCGUAAGUUCGUGGACGGGUGCGCCAUUUUCUACAAGCGAUCGCGCUUCAGACUGCUCAAGAGUCACGUGGUUGAGUUCAAUCAGGUGGCCAUUGCUAAGGCUGAAGGUAGUCAGAACAUGCUGAACCGUGUUAUGACUAAAGAUAAUAUAGGACUCACCGCUCUCUUUGAAACUGUCCCGGAGGAAAGUGAAAAGCCAAGAAGAAACAAAAGCAAAAAAAAUAAUGAACCCAAGGCUGAAGAGAAAGAAACAAAUGCUAAAACAGAAGAGGUAGAUGAUUCCUCUUUACACAUUUCCGAUUCAAAAACACUGGGUCUUCACAAUAUUACUGCCACGAGGAACAGGAGCAAAAGACGAAAGGUCAAGAGGAAAAACUUUCUGGUUGUUAGCACUGCCCACAUACACUGGGAUCCUGAAUACAGUGACGUGAAAAUAAUUCAGGCUAUGAUGAUAGUCCACGAACUCAAGGCCUUCAUGCGCCAAUGCUAUGAUCAAUACGUGCUGGGCGGUAGCACCGGCAAAGAUCUCUCCCGGAGUCUGUCUCUCAAAGAACCAGCCCAUCAUUCCUCGCUCAUCACCAGCUCCAAAAAUAAUAGCAAGGCAAUUAUGAUGGUAAAAAAGAAGAGAACAUGCUCAGAAAAUAAUCAUAAUUCACCUACUCCCCCUUAUCAAAAGCCUUGUGGGAGCAAAGGAGAUAAGCACGUCUCUCAACUAACAACGGCUUUAUCGGACACUGCUGCUGAUAUCGAGGUAGACCAAGAAAGUCGGGAGAAUGAUGAAGAAGGAAGAAGAAACACUACGAUAUUUGAUCAUUAUAGGCGUUUCUACGAACGUCGUGUGCGGAAGAGAAAACAACGAAGGAGUAAUUUACUAUCUUCAUCCCCUUCCCUACUUUCCAGAACCCACCAAGAGACGACUCGGUUUAAUAACAAGUUCUCUAAAGAUUGGCCUUUAGUGGAUCUACUCCCUCUAGUGCUUUGCGGGGAUCUCAAUUCCCUUCCUGAUUCUGGCGUUUUGGAAUUUUUACUAACUGGCCGUCUGGAUGCUGACCACCGAGAAUUCAAAGAUCUAGGUUACCGGGCAUGCCUAGCCAAACUCACUAACGCUGAGGACGAAAAUUCGAACGUGAAUAACAAUUCUACUCUAGAGGCAGAUGCAUCUAUCGACAUAAAAACAGAUGAUACCAAUAAUUUCGAAAGGGGUGGCUCUCGAUUCAAAGGAGAUGAUAAGACAGAUAAAGUGUUGGAUGAUGAUAUCAAUUACGUUGCAAACGCAGCGGUCGGCAAAAGUUGUCAAUAUUCUCACUCUUUCAAGCUGGCCAGUGCUUACACCCCGUCCAUUAUGCCUUACACCAAUUUUACCUACGAUUUUUGCGGCGUGCUCGAUUACGUGCUCCACUCUCGCAAUUUUUUAACUCCGCUGGCUGUCUUGGGACCUCUAGACCAGGGCUGGAUCAACAGGAAUAAAAUCGUUGGAGCCCCUCACCCUUUUAUACCUUCUGACCACUUUCCCAUAGUUGUUAAAUAUGAUUUCAAGCCUCUUGGAUAAUAUAGAUUUUGAAUAUUACAUUAUAUUGUUUUUAUGAAUUAUUUCCCUUUGUAUAUUUUUUUGAUUUUAUAUGUUGAUUUAUUCACAAAUUUUAUUUUAUAAACUUCCAGAUGUUUCUUUUAUAAAAUCGGAAAUUCGAUUGGUUACUCCUAUUUUCCAAUGUUAAAUUACAUUGUUUGAAAUUGAUAUCCUCCUAUAACAAUAAUUUUUUGGGUCGUUUCUCUCUUUAAAUUUUAUAUGCACAUAAUUAUUCCGCUUUGGGACAUUUUAGAAGACUUUUGGCUCAUUCUCUCCUAGAAUAAUAUUGCAUUUUACAAGUUUUAAAAUAAAAAUUAGUGCCAAAUUUUGCUUGCUAUUUGAUUUUAAUUGUGCAAGAAAUUAUAUUUUCUAAGUUAAUUAAGUCAUUUAAGAUAUUCUAUCAGUUAUUAAUAUAUCUCUGCAUAAACACCUGGAUCAACUUUUACACAAUCGGUGAGGAUUUGAUAAAAACCAUACUAAUUUAAUUUUAAUCUUGAAUAUAAGGAUCGAAAUAUUUUUUUACUUUGUUUCUUUUAAAGGCUAAAACUUUCUAUUGUAGUAUAUAGAUAUUUCUUCCUUUUUUUAAAUAUUGUUUUUUAUUUCGUAUUUUAAAUAUUAUUAUAUAUUUAUUUCAUUAGUUAUCAUUAUAGUUGUAAAAAACAAAGUAUAUUUCGAUUAUGACCAUAUAUAAAUGAAGAAA